AUGUAUAGCCGCGAAAAUAAGAUCAUGCGGAAACUCCUCGGCAAAGUCACUGCCGACAGCAGCACCGACACCCACCACUCCAUUGGCAUCACCAGUGCGCCGCACUUCCAGACCUCGUACCGACCGAGUGUCUCGCAGAAUGCCGUCUUCCCUGCCGGCGUCCCCAUCCUGUGUCUCGACACCGCCCCCGAUCACCGCGCCGCCGUCAUAGCCGGGAGACAUGUCCUCAAGACCAUCGUGUUUGACGGUCUGUCCAUCAGCGAGGGCAUCGAUGUCCGCAGCGCAAUCACGGCGCAAUCCGCCUCCUCCGGCAAGGGCGCAUCGAGCUCCCUGACGGCAGACCAACUCUCCAUACGAGAUGUCCGGUGGCACGGCGACUCCACCAUCUUCACAGCUUGUGCAAACGGCAAGAUCUUCUCGUAUGACCUCGCUAGGAUCUCGACAGGGGGCGCCGCACUCGAGUUCGUCCAGACGAGGGAAGACUCGCGCCAGGUCAACAGUCUCGACAUCAACCCCCACAGGCAGACGACAUUGCUCUCUGGCAGCCAGGAUGGCAUGGUGCGAUACUUUGACAUUCGCGCGCCGGUGCAGAGUCGCUCGGGUGGUCUCACUUACAGCCCGCGCGGCGCCUACAAGUGCAACGCCGACGGGGUUCGGCAAGUCAAAUGGUCGCCCAAGGACGGCUUCUACUUUGCCUGCGGAACCGAGUCUGGCGUCGUUCUGAAAUGGGACGUCCGGAAGAUUGCCCAGCCGCUGCUCAAGAUACCCGCCCACGACAAGGCCUGCGCCUCGAUAUCAUGGCAUCCCGACGGCAACCACCUGAUCAGCGGUGGCUGGGACAGCAAAUGCGCCGUCUGGGACAUGUCCAAAAACGCCGACAAGCGGCAGAAGCCUCGAUGGGUCAUAUACACGCCCGCACCGGUAUCCGUCGUCGCAUGGCGGCCUGGACUCUGGUCAGCAAGCGCCCAGGGCAAACGUGCCGCCCAGGUUGCCGUCUCUUACGAUGACAACCACAAACGAUACGGAAUCAACGGCGUCCACAUUUGGGACCUCGCCCGGCCCUCCAUGCCAUACAAAGAGAUUGAGCGGUUCGACUUCUCGCCGUCGGGCCUUCUCUGGCAGAACCAAGACCUCCUCUGGACGGCUGGCAACGACGGCUUCUUCAAUCAAUGUGAUGUCGCGUUCGCCCCGAAAGUACUCGAUAGACAGCCUGUCUCGAGCAUGGCAUUUUCCGCUCGAGGUGACGCCGUCCUGUUCCUCGACGAGCGGCCACAGGAUCGGCCACGGCCCUCCAUCGUCCAUCACCAAGCCAGUGUCGCGCCGCCACGGACAUCCUACAGUUCGAGCCCAACAACCCCGAUGCUCAGCAUCAGCCGCAGCGACUCGGAAGAUGAUGUUGUCGGCAGCUUCUUGGGGCCGCGUCGCAGAGUUGGCAGGAAAAGGAGGCCUAGUUUGCGUUCGAUUCCAGUCCUGAGCACCACGCCACCAUCCGGCCCGACCAUCAGCGACGACCUCGUGCUGGGUCUGGAGCAGGCAAUCAAGGUGACUGGUACUUAUAAGACCCAGCAAACUAUGGCAGUCGGCCACAUUCCCGCGGCGGCACGAGUCGACAUAUACGAAUACCUGUCCAGCUGCUAUCUGGAAACGUUGGACCGCGAGCUGCCGUACGUCGCCGGCGGGCAGCCGCUUGCCAAGAGAGUCUGUGGCAUUAUGGACCAAUAUGCGCGCGCUGCAGAGCGCGUCAACCAAUAUCGUCUGGCCCAGACAUGGCGGAUUCUUGCCUACUCGAUGAACCUACUGUUGACCCGCCGAGCUCAGUUCCACCUUGAAACCCGCCUGGGCCGGUUCCAGAAACGGCCGUCUAUUUCUAAAGGAAGGGACAUCCCCAAGGUCCGGGUGCCAAGGGCCUUGGAUGUUGUCGUGGAGAUGAAUGGCGAGGAAACUCCCAGGAGACCAUCGGCUCUUGUUUCUAGCAGCAUUGAUACCAAGUCUCUGGGGCCUCGAUCGUUGCUUUCAGAAGAAAUCGAAAGCACCUCAAACGUUGCCACGCCUGUUGCGAGAGCCAUCAAUGGGGGCAAUGCCGACCAAGGCAAUUUCCCAUCAGAAGCAGAAUUACCAUCAGUCAUGGAAUCAGACAGUUUUGCAUUGCCCCCCGCUGUCCACAGUACGUUUAAUAACAGUCCGAGGAGGCGACUGGACUCAGUUCCUCUAUCCACCACAAGUCAUGAAAGCGAGGGGACACAGAGUUCCAUCACAGAGGGUUACGACUUCUAUGACACUGACGCCCUAUCUCAAGCUAUAGAUGUGCCGGAGCCAAGGAAAAAGGAGCAAAAGCCCCUGGACUAUGGCCCUCUUACCCCGAAUACCCGACGUACCUUGAGACAGGAUUCUUCAGAAGGGGCCUUUGCACAGAUGUUUUCCAUGUCGGAAAGCAGCCGGCAGACAUCUGGACUGGCCUCAUCCUCUGAAGCAGGGACAUCAGCAUCUACGCGAUCAAUCACAAGCUAUCCCGUGCAGCUCGACAACCAAAGAGGGGUGAAGGACCAGGGCGAAUACGAGAGCCGCAUUCGUGGCAAAGAACUCGAAGACUCACCCGAACAUGGAGCCUUGAGAGCACUGCAUGGUCCUGGAGAAAGCGAAUCAAAGGAUUCCCCUGAAGAGAUCUUUAUGAUAUCCCAGACGACCAUGGCAUCGGACACAGUCACCGACGACCCAUCAACACAAUCACAGCUAGGAUCUCUCCCUGCGACUUAUGAGGACCACGCCCCUCUCCAUGUAGGCGUCUCUUCUUCGAGUCCCCCAAAGGUUACCCCGGCCCUUCAACAUAACUCUACACCAAAUAUCCUCGAAUCAGACUACCUCCCUUGGCCCGAAGAUCCGCCAUACCCGCAUCCCGCUGUGUCCAACCCAGACGCGGAAAGCUCUCCCCCGCUGAACCCGUAUACGCUUAUAUCCAGAGCCUUGGAUUUCGAGACGCGUACGUCGGCGCUCAACGCCUCUGCCAUGGUCCUUCUCUUGAAGCCCCUCGUACCAGAGUCCGUCAUCGACUCUUUCCGCGCCACAUCCAUCCUCCGUCAACAACACUCGCGCCUUACGGGCAUGAAGCUCUUCAUCGAAGCCGCCCUGCUCCGAAAACUCUGUGUUCAAGGCUGGCCGGAUGGCAUUCCCGAGUGGGGUGAGAACUACACAUGCAUCUUCGGCCCGGCGCAGCAGGGCGUCAAGGGGGGCUUCAUGUGCCCUAGCUGCCGAAAACCAAGGGAACUCGAUCCGUCGCUCGGCCAGAAGGCUCUUUGGAAGUGCGAGCGGUGCCGCACGACAAUGGGUGCCUGCGCCGUCUGCGGCCAUCGCGAGACCACAGCGGCCAUGGUUUCUCUCAUUGACGGCGUCGCCGGCGCCCAGCAUGCGGAUUCGAUCAUGAGCAUAUGGUGGUACUGCCCCGGCUGCGCCCAUGGCGGUCAUGCCACGUGCUUGCAGGACUGGCACGCACCCUCGGACGACGGCACUUACAGCCUCAGCGACGGGUGCUGUCCUCUUGACGGCUGCGGCCAUGCCUGUCUCCCCGGGAAGUGGCGCGAGGAGAAGUCGAUUGCGCGGUCGGACGAAUUGGGUCGCGUCGCUAUCGAGAAAGCGCGGAUCGGCAACAACAGCAGCGCAGUUGGCGGCGGCGGCGGAGGCAAGUCGGGUGCGCCGAGCCCCGUGAUCCCGCCCAACGUCCGCGGCGACAGCGUCGAGGUGCCGCAGAGCAGGGCCGUCGAGAGUGUCCGCGAGGCGCUAGCGAACAACACCCCGACAACGGGUAUUCUCAGCUCCAGCCCGGGAAGCCGGUCCGGGGAGCGGGAGCGCAGGAAGAGCGUCAAGUUCGUGCCGACGGAGCGCUAG